GUGCUAAUGGAGCGACCUGCAAAAAUUCAGGGGAAAUUCAAGACGUAGCAAACUCUAUACGACUGGGCUAUGGUCUCUGACACACUGCUUUCUGACGGGAUUUGCCAUAACCUCUUCAUACAAUAAAUACCCCGUACUUGCAGUUUGCCACACCAGUGGCGACACUUAACCACACUUUUUACAACUUUUAUUGUUAAUCACCAAAUACACACGUGUCACAACAGGUGUUUUUCCCGUCGAAGGUGCUGACACGUAAACCCGAAAAUGGUCCUGCCCACUUCGUCGUACCAGUCUUUCACCUGCAACCAUGAGAAACGGAGCCAGGAGCUUAACAGUGGUUUUGGCACUGUGCACUGGCUGCUUUAUAAGCAGCCUAAUAAUAUAUUAUGACACCUCCUCUCUUGCUCUCCGGGCAAGUUUCCUCAGUGGGCUGCUGCUUAACCUUGGUCAAAAAGACAACACCUCAUCAAUCAAAACGAACUCAGAUGAGAGAAAUAACAAAACCUCUAUCUUAUGUUGGGUCAUGACAACCCCCAAACACAACUUAAACGCCAUAGCUGUCAAGGAUACUUGGGGUAAGCGGUGCGACAAACUCAUCUUCUUCGGUGACAAGUUAGAUGAGAAACUGGAAUCAGUGAAGCUGAGUGGUGUCAGAGAAGACAGGUAUUAUUUGUGGGGGAAGACGCGGGAGGCUCUCAAGUAUUUGUACGAUUAUUACCUCAAUGACUUUGACUGGUUCUACAAAGCUGAUGAUGAUACUUAUGCCAUCAUGGAAAACCUGAGGUACGUUUUGACACCUUAUGACCCAGAAUUUCCUAUUGGCUUAGGUGAACGGGCACUCGUGGAUGGGAACAAAGCCAAGAGUUACUUAAUUGGAGGUAAGGCAUGGUUCCAAUUUUCUAUUACUCUAAAUCUCCGUUUUCUGUCUGCAACUGAACAUUAUUAUGCAGAAAGAAUUCUUACAACUAUCUCCUUUCCAUAA